CGAACUACCCUUAUUGGCAAAUUCAUAAAAUACCAUGGUUGGAACUUGGAACCUUGUUUUUCCAAUGUAAUUUCCUUGACUGAGCAGGAGCUGUGUGUCCUAAAGACGAUUUCAGAAAUUGGUUCCGCUGUUCCUGCACUUUCCGACGCCGACGAUCACCGGGGUGUGCGCGUGUUUUCUGUUGGUUAUUUCUAUCUCAAAAAUUCAAAAUCUUCUCUCCGGGUAUCAAAAUGGUACGAAUCCAUGUAAAGCAUGGCGAGAAUUUUGAUCGCGAAUUUCUCUUCGACUGCCCUAGCAUUUCCGAAAUCAGAGAAAUCGCCGAAAAUGUUAUUCAAAUUUCCAAUCUUCAAUUGAAGAUCCAGCGUCUCGUUGCCGAGCUUGAACCUCGUCUCAGCCACCUCCAUGGCGAUUCUAAAGCUAUAUCUCUAUCCAGAGCUUUGUCAGAAGCCAAGUCCUAUGCUUCAAAGGACCAGGCUCUCCACAAUAGGACUUUAUUGCCUAAUUUAUUGAAAGACCAUAUACAAAUCAUAGAAAGGGAACUCGUGCUAAAUUAUCAGCUGCUUGGUCUUUCAGAUUCCGGUCAGUUCCAGGUGUUCGUCACAGGCUCAGAACACUUAAAUGAGGAUACGACCCAGCUCUGUUGGGCAGGGAAAGAGCUCAUGAGAGAGAAAAAAUUAUGUGAUUAUAUUGGAAGAAAUGAGAAAACAAAGAUCACAAUCAGGCUGCAGUCAACUGUGAAUUAACUCGGUAAGUAUUAGUUUUUACUCAGUUAUUAUUAUUAUUAUUAAUUAUUUUUGCCAUUCAGCUGCAGGUGAAUGCCAAUAAUCUUUUCUUGCUUCUGUGCUUUAUUCAGAAACUUAUGUAGAAGAGUGACGGAGGGGGUUGAUACCUUUACCCUCAAAUUUUGCAUCACAGCAUAUUCCUUAUGUAAUUUCAAAUUAUUAUUUUUUUCAUUUUCAUUUUUCCCCUGUAGGGUGUCCUCUGUCUGGAGUGAAGAGGACCAUUGAAUCAAUGAGGCAUGAUCACAGGAUCAGGUUUGAAGGCCAUCAACAGUUAAAGACACUGUAAAUUAGAUGCAGAUUCCCUGGUGAUUAACCCCACACAUGGGGAUACUGAGGUGGUUGAGUGUGACAAUGAGUGACAAGCAGGUUGUAAAUCUUUUAAAAGAAAUUAGAAGGUAAGCAAAUGGGAAGAGAAAUGCUGCAUUUGUAGCGUACAAUGUUAUAUUGUAAAUAACCCCCCUGGUGACAUCUUUACAUGAUUUUUAGUAGACUAGAUUUUAUUAUUAUUUUUUUUAAAAGAGAUUGUAAGACUUGAUAUAUUAGCUUAACAGGAGAUUUCUAAGACAUUCAAAACA